GCUUGAGAGAGCCUAUCUAUAGCUACCUUUUGGAUUUUGGUUUUGAUUUUUUGAGAGGUUGAAGUGUUAAUGACAAGAUAUGUUCGUGUGAAAUAUGGUAAUGACUGAUCGCUGUUUUGGGGCAUUAAGUUAUGCUAGGCGCCACUAAUCUUUUCCACGUUAAGCGUUUUAGAAUGUCCCGCAUUCCUGGAAUUCCUCGGUUCUGAUGUCAAGAGGGACGGACCAUACGUAUCGGAGCCUAUGCGCACCCCUUCCUCGGGAGGGAUUUUACGUUUUUUUGUUUUUUAUUUUGUUGAAACGGUACGCAGUAAAGUUUGGGAAAGUGAACCGCAUCCGUAGCCUACACAUUUAACUGUUUUGACGGGAAAGGCUUCUCCUCUUUGUCCACGUCGUUAUAUCCCACUGGGGCUCGACUUUGCAAUCGAAGACAAGGCAUCUUCAGCGCGAAGACGCGUUUUUUCGUCUCCUCACACCAAAAUCGCAAGUGAAGUUUGUUAUUAUGGCUUUAAAGAACAAUAGUCUUUGGAUUAUAAAAGGAUUUUGAGUCUUUGUGGCGUGUUUCUGCUUACGACGUGGAUAAAUCCGCUACACUGAGUUCUGAAGAAAAGCUGACUUCGGGACGGAAUGUAAGGAGCUACGCCUGUCCCGAGCGUCCCCAGGAAUGGGACAGACCUUCCACAGCGCACACCUGUGUGGCCGGGCGCUCACCUGGGGCUAGCCGCACCUGCCCCACACCUGCCCCGUUGCCCCUGCCCCCCGCGUGGUGAGGGGGGGUCGCCGGGGGCAACAUCAUGCCCUUCCGCCUGAAGCUGCGGCGCACACGGCGCUACAACGUGCUCAGCAAGAACUACUUCGUCACACGCAUACGCCUGCUGGACGCCAACGUCAUCGAGUGCACACUCUCAGUGGACAGCACCGGCCAGGAGUGUCUCGAGGCCGUCGCCCAGCGGCUGGAGCUACGAGAGACGCACUUCUUCGGUCUGUGGUUCCACGGUCGGGCGCAGCAACAGCAGCAGCAGCAGCAGCGCUGGGUGGAGCUGGAGAAGCCGCUCAAGAAGCAGCUGGACAAGUUCGGCAACGAGCCGCUGCUCUUUUUUGGGGUCAUGUUCUACGUGCCCAGCGUCACCCGUCUGGAGCAGGAGGCCACCAGGUAUCAGUAUUAUCUGCAGGUGAAGAAGGAAGUCCUGGAUGGCCGUCUCCACUGCACUGUAGAGCAGGGCAUACGCCUGGCCGGCCUGGCUGUACAAGCGGACUUUGGAGAUUAUAAUCAAUUCGCAUCUCAGGAUUUCCUCAGGGAAUAUGUGCUGUUCCCAGUGAACUGGCCGGUGGAAGGUGUUUUGGAGGAGUGGACUCAGAAGGUAGCCGAAGAGCACAAGCGCCACUGUCGAAUGCAGACAGCCGAGGCAGAGCUCCUUUAUAUAAAGGAAGUGGAGAAACUAGAUGGCUUUGGCCAGGAAAGCUUCGCUGCAAAGGAUAACUACACUAACGAUAUCUUCAUCGGUGUGUCCUUCAUCGGAGUGUUUGUCAAACAUAGGAAUGGGAGGUCCAUCAUGCUCCACAGAUGGAAGGACAUCGGCACCAUCGCUCACAACAAGUCGGCCAUCACCGUGGAGAUCACCAGUAGAGACGACACUAUCAUGUUCCACACGGAAGACAUCGAGAUGGCCAAGUACAUUGCCAGGCUUUUCACGGCCAGACACAAGUUCUACAAACAGAACAAGAUAUGUGCUGAGCCGGCCCAUUCUCCAGCUCCCAUCCGGAGAAGACCCACAUGGAACCGGCUGCCCAGGCCCCAGUCCUGCAUCCUACAGUAUGCUGACCAUUACCAAGAUACCCAAAGCUCCCAAGACAGCAUCUUCCAUGACGACCCGUACUUUAAGUCGGAGAGCAGCCUUGACCGCUGUGUUCUGGACCUGGGCUUCCGUAACGGCGGCGCGGUUCUGAACGGCAGCAUGUGCAGCAGCCCGAGCGUGAGCUCUCUGAACCGCUCGCAGACCUUCACGCAGGCGUCCCAUCUCGUACCAUCGCCCAGCCUGAGCACGCCGGAGGAGACUUCCCUGCCGCUGGCGGUCCAGCCCACUGGCGCUGCGGGCCUCCCCUACCGCCCCAUACGAUCGCGGCGCUGUGAUGCGCAGAAGCAGCGGCGGAGCUCCUCCUCUCCUCAACGCAGUGCACGGCCCAAUCAGCACGCGCCACAGCGCCGCUCCGCCGACAGCCACAGCCUAUCGCUGCGCAGCCUCAACAUCAGCCACGCCCACGCCUACCGCCACCCCGAGGCGCUGGUCAACAGCCAGCCAGAGAUCCGUGAGCGCGCGGGGGGGCUCUACCACGGGGGGCAGUACGGGGGGGUGGCGGGCGGCGGGGGGCAUCCGCUGGGCUACGGGGGCAUGGGGGGGCAUCACGCCGGACCUCUGCCCGGGGCGCACGCAGGGGGCACUGGGGGCAUGAUGGGCUGCCGCUCGGGGGGCAUGGCGUCCGGCGGAGGGGGGGGCGUGGGCAGCGCCAUCUCCCACACGGUCAGCACGCCCGAGCUGGCCAAUCCCAUGCAGCCGUGCGGAGGAGGGGGGGCGCAGGCGGGUAACGUCCACUCAGGGCAGCACGGCUACGCGGCCGGGGGGGGCAGUGGGGGGCACAUGCUGCGGAACCACCUGUCGCGGCCCCCCCCGCCCUACCCGGCGUUUCGCCCGGCCACCAGCACGCCGGACCUGGUCAGCCUGCGCCAGCGCUGCCUGGGGGGCAGCACCCCCGAGCUCCUCCACGCCCAGAAGCUCCCGCUAGCCGUGCCCAGAACCUUCCAGCCCGACAGCUGCGCCGUCGUACGCCAGUCCCUGCAGGAGGCCAGCGCCACGCUCACCCCCGCGUCCUCCUCCUCCGGCCCGGGCUCGGCCCAGCGCCGGGCCAACCUCAGCAAGCGCCACAGCAUGGAGGUGGUGCCCCUGGGGGGAGGGGGAGGGGCCGGGAGGGCAGGGGGAGGGGCCACGGGGGCCGCCGGCCAAUCACAGCUGCCGCUGCUGCGCCGGAACACACUGCGUGAGCAGCUGGCCUCCUCAGGUCCUCCCACCCAGCCCCAGCCCCCCAAGGAGGCGUCCUCGCAGAUGCCCGCUCAGAAAGCCGAGGCGUACCAGCACCAGAAGAGCCUGUCCAACGCCACCAUGCUGGUGCACAGCAGCGAGAGCGACAGCGAGGACGAGGAGGAGGACGAGGCGCCCGAGCUGGACGUGCGGAUCCCCGGUCUUCACGACGACAUCAGCGCACAGCUGCAGGCCGCGCUGGCCAAGCUGCCCAGCAAGCCCCCGCCGGACUACCCUGGACCGCCCCGGCACAGCGGCCGCAGCCAGCGCCAGAGCAGCCACCGCACCCCACACACACACACACACACGCACACACACACGCACGCGCCGACCGGCGGUGGCGGUGGCGGCUUGCACGGGACCUUGCAGCGGGAAAGCCGGACACUGGAGCGGCAGCAGCAGAUGUGUGUGGACAGCCCAAAGCGCCCCCUACUGGCCAAUGGCAUGUACGCCACGCGCAUGCCCGCCGCAGACGGUCGCCACGGAGAUGCCAUCGCCAAGGCCAACACUGAUGAGAGGGUGAGUGUGCUUGAGGAUGAUGACCAGCUGCUGGGCGAGUACGAGCAGGUGCCCAAGAAGCAAACUGACGCUGUGGUCACCACGGCAACGCUGCCGGACAACGCCGAGCGCAACCGCUUCAGGGACGUGGUUCCGUAUGAGGAGAACCGGGUAGAACUCGUCCCAAACAAGGAGAACAACACAGGAUACAUAAACGCCUCGCACAUCAAGGUGACUAUCCAUGGAGAGGAGUGGCACUACAUUGCCACACAAGGUCCUCUGACCAACACCUGCCAGGACUUCUGGCAAAUGGUUUGGGAGCAGGGGGUCAACGUCAUCGCCAUGGUGACCGCCGAAGAGGAGGGGGGAAAGAGUAAAAGUCACCGCUACUGGCCCAAGCUGGGCUCCAAACACAACUCGGCGACCCACGGCAAGUUCAAGGUCACCACCAAGUUCCGCACGGACUCGGGCUGCUACGCCACCACCGGCCUGAAAGUGCGCCACCUGCUGUCCGGCCAGGAGAGGACCGUCUGGCACCUGCAGUACACCGACUGGCCCGACCAGGGCUGCCCCGAAUACGUCCAGGGCUUCCUCUUUGUGUGGCUGUUUAUGGGGUGUGUGCCUCUCUCUCUGUUCUCUCCAUCUCUCCAGAGGGUGGAGGUUCCCAUCAUGUUGAACAGGUUGAGGCAUCAGCGGAUGCUGAUGGUCCAGACGGCGUCUCAGUACAAGUUUGUCUACCAGGUCCUCAUACAGUUCCUGAAGAACUCCCGGCUCAUCUAGAACCCAAUCUGGAACCCCCGCGGAAACGGCUAAUCUAAUCCCUAACGCAGAACCAACAUUAUCCCCUGCGGAACCAGCUAAUGCAAUCCCAAAAUGGAACAAACAGUGUCACCCGCGGAACCAGCUCAUCUAAUCUACCGCGGAACCCAGAACUAAUAUGUCCCAGUGGAACCUGGAGUGUUAGGUUCCUCCAACGUUCCACAGUAGAACACUCCGGGGUGCCUGGCGCUCCUCUGGUUCUGCUUGGUUCCGUCUUUGUUGUCCGUUGCUGUUCUGCGUUUUUGUUUGUUUGUUUGUUUGUUUGUCGGCCGUGGACUUAGAGAGAAGCUGAUAACCGAUGCAAGAUUAUGGUCCAGAUUAGCUUUUCCUCUGUGACAGAGAGAGAGAGUGUGUGUGUGUGUGUGGAUGAUUGAUGAGUGUGUGUCACUUAGCUCCUGGACAGAGACCAAUGUAGCCCACACAAACAUGAUGAUGAUGAUGAUGAUGAUGACGAUGAUGAUGAUAAUGAUCAACAAUUCUUAUAUAUUUUUCAUAUAAAUUCUUAUUUUGUAAUAUUGGAAUCAUUUCUUAAAUAAUUUCAGUGGCGUGUACUAGAUACCGAGCUCAUAUAAAAGUGUUAAAGCUG